AUGACUAAAAAAGAUCUUAAAAAAAGCCGUUCCACGGAAGAUUUAAAGUCUCAACCGCAGGACAGUCAAAAAAUCAAGGAACUCCAAGCCCAAAUCACCGCCUUAUUAGAACAAAUCUCCCGGAUUAAGCAAGAAGCUAAUCAGCAAAUCCAAUUUGAAGCCAAAAAAGCUCAGAAUUAUUUGGAGCAGAUUACUAAGUUAACGGCCGAAGUAGACAGUAAAGAGCAAGUGAUUAAAGAACUAACUACGGAAAAGAAUGAAUUAGCGGACCACAAUAAUGAGUUAAGAAUCAACAAUUUAAAGCAAGACAAUUACUUCACCAAAUACCAACAGGAAAGUAAACUUACUCAGCAGUUAAAAUUACAAGUCGCUAAACUACAAAAAGACCUCACUAUUACUCAACAAGACCUCAAAUCCGCCCAAAGAAUUAUUGAAUUAAGAACUAUUAAACCAGAUAAUAAAGAUAGAAAAGAAAACUCCUUUGAUUACUGA